AGAUGGCUUUCAUUACUCAAGUAGCACUGUGUCUCUUUGUCGCCGUCUCUCUGGCUGUGGCAGGCAACUCCAGAAGCCGAAGACAAGCCAACCCCUUGCAAUGUCCCCAACAGAAAGGCCAAUUUGUUUACCGCCCUGACUGCUCCAAGUUCAUUAAUUGCUUUGGAGGAGUCCCGUCCCUGCAAAACUGCACCAACGGAGCGCUCUUCAACUCACAAAAAGGGCAAUGCGACUGGCCCGAAAACCUCCAAGGUAACGAUUGCCAAAGGCCUCCACAACAAGACCAGGACGUGAAACAAGAAUUCCAAAGCAUCUGCUCCGAAACCAACAGACCAAGUGAUGUCUCAGCCGGCCAAGCUUUCUUUGUCGCCCACCCCACAUUCUGCAACAGCUACUACACAUGCGGCGAUGGCAAAAUUUCGCUUUACUGUACCUUCUGUGCUCAGGGCACUUACUUUAAUGAGCAGGUCAGGAGAUGCGUGGAAGGCAAUGACGACGCAACGAGAGCCGUCUGCCAAAAUAAGCAACUUGCCACCCAAGACGAAAUGGCGAUGAGUCUCCUCGAUGGAACCUGCACUUCCAAGAAAGAGAAUCCUCUUCAGGCUGUCUAUGAAAAAAUCGGUCGGGGGGUAAACCAAAGAGGUUAACUUUAUAACACAAGGUUAACUUGAUAAACGAUUUGGACCGCUGACCUGAAAAUGAUACAAAAACGACUUUUUCCUUUUUUUUUUAAACAAUAAAGAGUGAAAACAGCU